AUGUUGUCUGCUUACGCUCGAAAAUUUCCAUGGCGAUCCAUCAGAACCCUCUCCCACGUGCUCCUAAACCAAAGGAGGGAGGUGCUAGCUAGAGGCAGUACCUCUGCACACAAUGUGAAUUUGCGAAGUUCUGAUGUAUGUUCUGGCAAGAUGUGGAGUUCGUUCAAUGGAGCUCGUUGUUUUUCGGCCAAGAGUAUGAGGAGCAAAGUGGAGAAAAGAAUGCAAAGGGAAUCGGGCAAAACCCUCAGGGAAAUUCGAAGGGCGAAAAAGCUGAGGAAGAAAUUGAUGACUGAUGAGGAACGCCUCAUCUACAAUCUUAGAAGGGCAAAGAAAAAAGUGGCUUUACUUCUUCAAAAGCUGAAAAAGUAUGAACUGCCCGAGCUUCCAUCACCUCGCCAUGACCCGGAGCUUUUCACUCCCGAGCAGUUGCAGGCGUACAAAAAGAUCGGAUUCAAGAACAAAAACUAUGUGCCAGUUGGUGUUCGUGGGGUCUUUGGAGGGGUAGUUCAGAAUAUGCACCUCCACUGGAAGUUCCACGAGACUGUGCAAGUGUGCUGUGACAAUUUUCCGAAGGAAAAGAUUAAGGAGAUGGCGUCUAUGCUGACGAGAUUGAGCGGGGGCAUUGUGGUCAAUAUCCAUAACGGGAAGACUAUCAUCAUGUUUCGUGGCCGGAAUUAUCGUCAGCCGAAGAAUUUGAUUCCUAUCAAUACCUUAACGAAAAGAAAGGCACUCUUCAAAGCCCGAUUCGAACAGGCCCUCGAUUCCCAAAAGCUCAACAUAAAGAAAACCGAGCAGGAGCUUCGCCGGAAAGGGGUAAACCCGGAUGACCCAGUUGCCAUGGCCAGUAUCCAGCGAGUGGCCUCCACAUUCUUCAACGCCAUCGACAAAAGAGAAGGCAGUCCUUACGUUUUUCGUGAGGAUCGAACAAAAACAACAAAGCCCCCCAAGCCCGAGGAAAGCUCUCAACGGGAUCAAGAAGCCGGAGAAGUUGAUGAGGACAGUGAUCAAGAGGAGCUUGACCGUUUCAUUGCAGAGAUUGAAGAUGCAGCCGAUAAAGAGUGGGUCAUGGAGGAGGAGGCUGAGAAGGAGGACCUUCACCGGAUUAGGUAUUGGAACAGAGAGGAUUUUGGGCUUAGAUUCGUUAGACCGGAAAUGAAUAGGUUCGAGGGCUCUGAUGAUGAGAGUAUUGGAAGGAAAAGGAAUUGGGAGGAUGAAGAUGAAGAUGAAGUUGGAGAUGCUGAUGUGGAUUUUUCGGAGAUGGAUGAUAAUGAAUGGGAUUCUGAUGAUGACAAUAAAAAGAAUACUUUUCGGAGUAAUAAUAAGGGGAACUAUAAGAAUUUACGAGUACGUGCGGGGAGUAACUACAGGAGAGAGAAGUCAAACAGGAGGAGUGAUGAGGAGUUGUUCGAUCUCUCCUUCAUCCCAAUUUACAGGCUUCAUGGAAAGGUCCGGAGUUCGGCAGCUUCAGUUGAGAACGACCUUGCAACUGACGGUGACAGGACCUUGGAGCGGCGCUGUUAUUGGACCUCAAAAGAUCAGGGGUCCGUCCAGCGGCGGCGACCGGCGGGUUCGGAUGCAUUCCUCAUUGCCUCCCACCGGAUAACCGCAACAACAAAUUGA